AUGCCAGGCAUUACUGAUGAUCAAUUGAAUGAUAUUCGUGAUGUUUUUUCUCUGUAUGAUGACCGUGGUGAUGAUCAAAUACCAAAACAUUAUCUUGGUGAAGCAAUUCGUGCAUUAGGUUUAAAUCCAACUCAAGCUGAUAUAAGAAAAUUACAAGAUUUAGAUCGAAUGGAAAGAAUAUCGUUACAACAAUUUCAAGUUAUUUAUGAACGUUUGAAUCGACAAAAAGAAAUGGUUGCACCAGCAGAAGAAUUUAUUGACGGUUUACGUGUAUUCGAUAAAGAUGGAAAUGGUACUAUUCCAGCAACAGAAUUAAGACAUUUACUUACUACAUUAGGCGAACGAUUAACCGAUGAUGAAGUUGAACAACUUAUAAAUGAAUUUGAAGAUAAACAAGGAAAUGUUAACUACGAAGAUUUUAUUCGUGCUGUUUUACAACGUUAA